AUGCGAGCGGAGGAAGUCGAGAAGCUCGUAAACGACCGAAUUCGUAACUUAAAUAUUGGUGGAAAUUUCGAAGAUGCUCUACGCAGGGAGGUGGACCAAGCAAACUCUACGCCCUUCACUAUCGAACUCGAGCAAGCAGCUUCUGCUAAGAGAUUCUCAACGCUUUCAUUCACGCAUUUCAAAGGGGAUUCCGAUCCCGAGAGCCAUCUAAAGCACUUCAAAAGUAUCAUGACAUUAUACAAGGCUAACGACGCGCUGAUGUGCAAGGUGUUUACAAUGACCUUGCAAGGAGCAGCCCAAGACUGGUUCCACAGCUUGCCACCUAGGUCGAUCAGCAACUUCAAGGAGCUAGCUCACGUCUUCACCAAAGAAUACACUUCUUACCGGACGAUCAAGAAGAACCCUAACCACCUGUUCAACCAGCAAAAGAAGGAUGAUGAAUCCCUCCGAGAUUACAUCAAGAGGUUCAAAGCAGAAAGGGCAAACAUCAUUGGAUGUGACGAUCGAAUUGCAUCAUCGGCCUUCAAGAGGGGCUUGCCAAUUGAGUGUGAGCUGUAUCACGAGCUGACCAUCUCUCCUUGCCAAACACUAGUAGAAGUCUUCGCGACAGUAGAGCGCUAUGCACUUUGGGACGAGGACCGGACCUCCGCAAAGAAAGCUGCCGAUCAACCGGUUGAGCCGAUCCUAGCCCAAGUAAAGAACAUGCCUUGGUUGAAGAAACCAUCGCCUUUGAAGGGAAACCCAGCCAAGAAGGAUACCAGUAGAUACUGCGAAUUCCAUGAAGGGCACGGUCAUUACACAAAUGAUUGCUUCGCUGGGAAAAAGCACCUCGAAGAACUGGUCGAAGAUGGCCAUUGCACAGAAUUCGUCGCAAGUGGGGCUUCCAGAAAAUCAAAGAUCGUGAGGCAGCUGCCAAUGAACCUCCACGAAAAAAGUCAUACGGAUCAGCACGAUCCUAGUCGACUUUAA